AUAAAAUGGUCCAUUUAGCACCAAAAGUACAAAAAUUUGAUGCGAUCAUCACUAAAAGUACUGUAAUUGAGGAUGGUACUCCUACUCGAUAUCAUCUGAAAACAAGCCAAAACUCUCUUGCUGAAUCUGAACCAUAUAAAAAAUUCACCUUUGGAGAGAGAGAUAAAAACAAACCCCAUAAAGCCAUUCUGCUUGUUGGAGAAACAGGAACAGGGAAAACUAAACUAAUCAACACUAUGGUCAACUACAUGCUGGGUGUUCAGAGAGAAGACAAGGUUUGGUUUGAGAUCACAGAUGAUCAGAGUGAUCAGUCUUCAGUUCACAGUCAGACCUCCAGCAUCACUGUUUAUGGAUUUUAUCUAAAAGAGAGUCCAAUGAAUUUAACAAUCAUCGACACACCAGGAUAUGGAGACACUCGUGGAGUUCAGAAAGACAAAGAGAUCGCCAUGAAUUUGCUUGGUUUAAACAGAUAUCUGGGUGACUGGAACAAUGCACUAGAUGCAGUGUGUUUGGUGAUUAAAGCAACACAGAAUCGCCUCUCUGACAGACAGAGCUACAUAAAUGAUGCUGUUCAGUCCUUGUUUGGAAAAGAUAUUGCUGAAAAUAUUGUCCUGCUGUUAACAUAUUCACGUGGAGCUCAUCCAAAAGUUGCCCUGACAGCUGUUAAAGAAGCUAACAUCCAGUGUGCAGUGAAUGAACAGAAUCAGCCUGUGUUUUUCCUGUUCGACAACUGCCAGGGAGAAACUUUUCUUGAAGAAUACCAGCAUAUCCAAGAACAAUCAUGGAACCUCAGCUUAAAGGGAAUAAAAGGAUUCUUUAGUUUUUUUGACACAAUAAAACCAAAACCCAUGAAGAUGACUCAAGAUGUGUUAAAACAGCAGGAGCAGUUGGAGGCAAAUGUUUCAAAAAUACAAUUACAUGACCAGGACAUGGAAAAAAAUCUAAAUAUAGUGAAACAACUUCAAAAUGAUCUGGAGAAAUACAAGAAAGUAGUUGAAGAUAAAAACAACUUUGAGAAAGAUGUUGAAGUGUCCUACAGAGAAAAGGUUGAUGUUGAUCCUGCAGUAGCUAAAAUGGCCACAUGCUGCACCGUCUGUGAGGAGAACUGUCAUUAUCCUGGAUGCUGGUGGGCCAGUAAUCUCUCAUGGUGUAGUAUGAUGAAAGCUAAUCACUGUACAGUGUGCACUAAUAAAUGCCACUACACUGAUCAUGUCAAAGAAGCAAAGAUAUAUGUGACAAAGAAAAGAAAAGAAAAGAUAACGGAUGAAAUAUUAAAAAAUAUAUAUUUAGAAAAUAAGAAAAAAAUAAGUGACAGAGAGUCUGAUGUUAAGGAGUGGGAGACAAAACUACAAGACUUGGAGAAACAGAAAAUUAAGCUGGUGAUGGAGGCUUUUCACUGUGUGCAUUCUCUGGAGAUGAUCGCACUUAACACUGAUUCACUAAUUAUACUUCUGCACAUUGAUUUUCUGAUUGAGAAGCUGAAAGAAAUAAAAGAGCCUGAAAAGGCUGAAAUAUUGGAAGACAUAAAGAAGAGAGCAGGAGAAGAAAAACACAGAGCUCUGAAAUACAUGAAAGACAAAUAUGAAAAAUCAUCAGGUCAAGGAAAAUAGGACAGUUAAAGAAUUUGUGAGUUUUGAGUGACAAAACUCUAAAUGAACACUGCCAUGUCUUUAAAUGUAUCAAUUGUCAAGAGAGUGUGUUUGCAGAGACAAAAACUAUUUACAAAUGAACACUGUAUAUAUAAUAUUUAGAGACAAGGAUCAGUGCUCUGUUCUCCAGGGUUUCCUUGGACAAGUUUCUGCAUUUUAUCUGUCUUUAGUUUCCUGGUUCAUUGUUGUUGUUUGUUUGUAAUUUUCAUGCUAAUCAUUCAUAAAUGCCUUUUUUCCCAUUGAUUUUUCUCAUUAUUGGAGAAAUCAGAUUAUAAAUGAUGUCAGUAUCUCUUGUAUUUUUGCUGGGCUUUUGAGUAUUUUG